GCUGCCCCGCUGCCCGCGCCGCCGGCACUGCCUGCCGGCCUGCCGCUGCCAUGGGCACCUUGGGCAAGAGGAGAGAAAACCAGCAACCUGUCCAAGCAUGCAGCACUGCCCCUGAAUCAGCUCUGGAGCUGCAGCAGAGCAGCCACUGUCCCAGCCUCUCCAAUCAUACUCAGGUCAUGAUGGUGCCGCUGGGGCACCUGGCCAAAGGAGCCACUUUGGAAGACCUUCUUGAAACCUGCAUUCAGUCUUUUGAUUUAGAAGGAAAUGCAUGUCAAAACAACCAGCUGCUAAAAAUAAUUCUGGCCAUGCAUCAGUUUUUCAUCUCUUCUGCAGACAUGCUUCAGAAACUUGUUGAUCUCUAUCUUAAUGCUUUAGAGAAUAACUCUUCCAUGCUGUGUGUAAAGAUAUGCUAUUUUGUGAGGUAUUGGAUUACAGAAUUCUGGAUUAUGUUCAAAAUGGACUCUAAACUAUCCACAGCUAUGGAGGAAUUUCAAGAAGUGGUUCGAGCUAAUGGUGAGGAGUUACAUUGUCGUCUAAUUGACACAUCUCAAAUAAAUUCUAGGGACUGGUCCAGAAAGCUGACACAGCGUGUAAAGGCCAACACCAGUAAGAAACGGAAAGUCUCACUUCUUUUUGAUCACCUUGAGCCAGAGGAGCUGUCAGACCACCUGACCUAUCUUGAAUUUAAGUCUUUCAGAAGAAUAUCAUUCUCAGAUUAUCAGAACUACAUUGUGAAUAGUUGUGUGAAAGAGAACCCAACAAUGGAAAGAUCAAUUUCUCUUUGCAAUGGUAUCUCUCAGUGGGUGCAGCUAAUGGUUCUCAGCAGACCAACACCACAGCUUCGUGCUGAAGUGUUCAUCAAGUUCAUUCAUGUUGCACAGAAGCUCCACCAGCUGCAGAAUUUCAACACAUUAAUGGCAGUAAUAGGAGGUCUGUGUCACAGUUCCAUUUCCAGGCUCAAGGAAACAAGCUCAUGUGUUCCUCAUGAUGUAAUCAAGGUGUUUAAUGAAAUGACAGAAUUGCUUUCAUCUUACAGAAAUUAUGAUAGCUACCGACGUGCCUAUAAUGAGUGCAGUAACUUUAAGAUCCCAAUCCUUGGGGUCCACCUGAAAGACUUGAUAUCCCUUUAUGAGGGCAUGCCAGACUACUUGGAGGACAAAAAAAUUAAUGUAUACAAACUAUAUGCUCUGUAUAACCACAUAGAUGAGCUGAUACAACUCCAGGAAAUGCCACUUCCCCUGGAGGCUAAUAUGGACCUUGUUCACUUGCUUACACUGUCUCUUGAUCUUUACUACACAGAAGAUGAAAUUUAUGAACUUUCAUACGCACGAGAGCCACGAAGUCACCGAGCUGCUCCUAUGACACCUUCCAAACCACCAGUAGUUGCAGACUGGGCCUCAGGAGUGGCCCCAAAACCUGAUCCAAAAACCAUCAGCAAACAUGUCCAGAGGAUGGUAGAUUCUGUCUUCAAAAAUUAUGACCAUGAUCAGGACGGAUACAUUUCCCAGGAAGAAUUUGAAAAGAUUGCUGCCAGUUUCCCAUUCUCGUUUUGUGUAAUGGCCAAGGACUGGGAAGGUCUGAUUAGCAGGGAUGAAAUAACAGCUUACUUUAUGAGGGCUAGCUCAAUCUAUUCCAAAUUAGGACUUGGCUUUGCUCACAACUUCCAAGAGACCACUUACUUAAGGCCCACUUUCUGCGACAACUGUGCUGGAUUUCUAUGGGGAGUCAUUAAACAAGGAUACAGAUGCAAAGACUGUGGAAUGAACUGUCACAAGCAAUGCAAAGACCUGGUUGUGAUAGAGUGCAAGAGAAGACCCAAAACUUCAAUUGCAGACAGCAGCCCAACAUCUGCUCUUGCUUCAAGCCUCUGCCCAGUAGGAGUCAAAGAACAAUUCCAUGGACAAGAAGAAGGAUCCUUCACCUUUCCUAAUGGAGAAGUAGUGGAGCACAGUGAAGACAGCAAGGAUCGAACCAUUAUGCUCAUGGGUUCCUCAGCUCAGAAAAUCUCAGUGAGACUGAAACCAGCUGUGAUCCAUAAAAGUACACAGACUGAUCCUGUACUUAUGGCUGGUGAUGUGUCUCGUAAGCGGAGAGAGAAGAAAGAACACAGGAUGCCAGAAAAUCCUUAUCUCCAGGCAGCUCCAGCAUCCCCAUUUCCAAGCCCAAUUCUAGGACGCAGAAAGGCAUUUGUUAAAUGGGAAAACAAGGACUCCAGCCACAAAAUGAAGGAGGAGCAUCACAGCUGUAAACCCUCAUACCAGGAACUUGAGCAGGAAAGGAAUAUUCUAAAGGCAGACAAUGAAGGUUUGAAGAUCCAGCUGGAACAGGCACAUAAAACAAUUGAAUCUCUUACAAUCCAGAAAAGAAACCAUGUAGUUGACAGUCUACAACACAGAGACUGCUCCUAGCAGAUGAGAGGAAAAUCUCCUAUGGAAUGGAAGAAUGUAAGACUGAAAGAGGGGCUGUGAUAAAGCUGCUUUCCAAGUGAACUGGAGAGAGAAUCUGAAGGAUAUUAAGCAGAAAUGUUCUUUUUACUCAAUACAUUUCCAUUUUAGACAUGCACUCCCAAAUGUAUAAAAUCAUUCCUUUGACCUUGUAAGGUAAUUUAGCAUUAUCUAUUCUAUGAAAAUAGUAUCUUCUGGGUUUGCUUUUAAAAGGAGUGAGAGUGUUGCUGAAGUCUCUGUUCAUGUUGAAGACCAUAUUGAUUUACCAGUGACUUACUUGGCUGCCAGCAGCACACCUUACUGUAGAAAUGCUCUGACAAAGUAGCUAUUCAUAAGACUGUGUCACCUCAAAUUUGGCCCAAACUCAAUUUUGUACAGACAAAUGUUUGAUAAAGUCGAGUAAGAAAAACUUCUUUAUUGGAGCUGAAACCAAUUAAAAACAUGAAGUGAAUGGCCACAUUUAAUUCCAGAAAUUAACAAGAACUUUAAGUAGCUAAGCUAAUGAUACUUGAUUGAUCCUUACACUUUAAUAUAAACUGACAAUUUUUUAAACAUCUUUCAGAGCUUUACAAGUUCUGCUGCUCAAAUGUUUAAAGUAAUAGACGUAAGAAUAUAGAGACUUGACAUUUGAUUACUGCUUCCAUUUUUGUGCUCCAUGCCAUGACUUGGAACUCUUGAUUCCACUUACAGUAAUUUCACGAUUACAAGCCGCACGGACUAUAACUAUUUUAGUCAAAAUGGUGCGGCUUAUAACCAUGAAAUUACUGUACUUGGUUUAAGGGGCAACUUCUUGUCCCCAUACAGUAGAUAUGGGACAAGGUUGAUUAUACUUCUGUCAUGUCAAAGUAAAUACCAUUUUGAGCAGAACUUUUAGAGCCCUAUUAGGAGGGAAACUGUACAGCAAUCUCUGUGCAAUAGCUACUGUAUUUCAGAGCUCCUGACAAGAUUUCUCCAUUUUCUCUCUCCUAGAUUUCACAUGCACUUUACAUAAAGAGUCGAGUGUGCUCCUAUGUCUGUAAAUUUUGUACAGUAAAAGGUGUGAGGGAGGUAACUUAAAUACACAAAGUGUACAUAUUGUUAAGAGAAAAUAAGUCUUUCAAGUUACUGAUAAAUCUACUUGUCUAAAUAGCCGAUUUGGAAAUUGCAUUUGCAUUCCAAGAUAAUCUGUACACUUAGAGUUGUAUAAAACUUUCUUGUAUUUAUCAGAUAUUUGUCAUCACAAAUACAAACAGAAACAAAGUCCACUUAAUGCACAACACUUCUAAGUUACCCAGUCCAUUAUAGAAUGAAAUUUAGUCAGUGACAAUAGCAUCUGUGCUUUGUGUUCAAAGUGGCAUAAAUAUACAUUCCAUCCACAAUUUACAGGUAUUAUCAAGUAUAUGAAUGUUUUAUUCAUAAAAUUAAUUUGAAACUACUUGCCAGUUUAAUGAUUCAAAAUUCUUGUUUUGAAAUUGGAUUGUGCUUGUAACCCUAUGUAUAAGUAAAUAUAAAUGGAGGGAAAGAGCAGUAGUAGUAGAUUUUCUGUAACAUUACUGUAAAUAACUGAAAUGCUUAGGAAAAAAAACAGCUCAGAAGACUGUGCAUCUUUUUAAACUCAUACACUAAACCUGAAUUAUUAACAAGUAACAUGGAAUUGCACUUUGUUCAGUGAAGCAAUCAGAAUGACUGUCACGUCACGUCUGCAAACUUGGUUUGCCCACUUUCUGUGAGCUUCUUGAAUUUGCCCUCUAUUCAGGGAACUACAGCAAGGUAUAUUUCUAAAAGGCAUUUAGCAAAUAAAAGUCUGUUUCUACAACUAUUAAACAAGAUAAAAGUUAACUAUAUUUCUACUUACUUAAAAAAUACCCCAGAGGAGCAGCUAAGACUCAUAAAUCUUGUUGUACAGCCAAAGUAACUGCCCCCUGGUGGUCUAAAGGCUGGAUUUGAAUAGAAUUUGUGUGUAUACAUAUACUUUGUCUAUUAUGGAAUGUGGAGGUCAUGAACAAAACCUCGUAGCUAAAAGGAAAAUUCCCUAACAUCAGCAGCUGGCUGAAAGGCUACUGUAUAACUCGGUACUUAAUAUUCCAAACUGAGUUAUGACUGCAGAUUUGUACAGUCCUAAAUGCUAACUAAAUGUUUCUCUGUGAAGUUUGCUUGUUCAAUCUCAAAGAUUUAAAAGGGAUCUGUUUGCAGGAAUGUCUUAGGGAACAAGUGUGCAGUGCUUCAUGUGUGCUGAAAACUUCCUGCUUCAAAGAAGUCAGGAUACCUGGAUAACUUCAGAGCUAAGCACCUUCAGGUUCUCUGUUUGUCCAAAGCCCCUAAUGGUUAUUUCCUCCCCCGUCCCCCCCUUUUUUUUGGGACUUUCUUUUUCCUGCAUGAAAGACAACAAUGGAACCUGACUAGAGAGAAAUGUUAAAACUGACAAUGUUACCCAGAAAGAAUCACUUGCCUCUGUGUUAAUCUUCAAGCUCCUUUAUGUUAGGGAAAAAGAUACAACUAAAAGUGCUGUUUAGAAGUCAUGUUACCAAGCAGUGAUACCAAAAUUUAUCUUGUCAUGGCUAAGUUAAAUGGAAACACCUCUUCCUCCUCUAGGUUCAGCUGUACUUGCAAGAACGCAGAAAGAAAAAGCACCAUUCCUCAUUUAUUUUUUAAGCGUGAAUUCUGAUUGUGUAAAGGUUAAAUUAAAUAGAUUGAGUAGUAUCAUAAUUAACAAGGCAGGGCUACUGUCCAUAUUCAGGGUAAAUACAGUUGCUUUUAGAUUAGCUUAUAUAUGUUUUGGAAAUAUGUUUUUGUUCUAGCAUCAUCUGUUCUUUUGUUGUAACUGAUAUCUAUGGCAACUUAAAAAAAGUUUAAUGCUGAGAAGAUUGAAAAAGUGUACAGAUUGUAAAGAUUUUAUAUAAAUUUUAAGAGUUUGGUUUAAUAUUUAUAAUAGAAAAAAAUAUUAAAGUUGUAUUUCAUGCCUCUGAUUUUGCAUCUCAGAUAAAUCUAUACAACCUAUAUUCAUCUUC